AAUGAGGGGAAUAGAUUUAAGAAAAAUAGCUGAAGUAAUGCCAGGUGCUUCUGGUACUGAAUCAAAAGCUGUUUGCACAGAAGCUGGUAUGUUUGCAUUAAGAGAAAGAAGAAUUCAUGUAACAUAGGAAGACUUUGAAAUGUCUGUAGCUAAAGUAAUGAAAAAAGAUAUAGAGAAAAAUAUGGCUAUUAAUAAAAUGCUUAAAUGA